AAGUUCUAAUCACUUGCUCAAAAAACUCCUCCACACAGUCAGUUCCCCCCCUCCCUCGUCUCUCUCUCUCUCUCUCUCUCUCUCUCGCGCGCGCGCUCGAAUGGCGAACACAGAAGCUCAGAGAUCCGUCCUGAUGCUGUGCGGCGACUACAUGGAAGAUUACGAGGCGAUGGUUCCGUUUCAAGCAUUGCAAGCAUACGGAGUGUCAGUCGACGCAGUUUGCCCCGGAAAGAAAGCCGGUGACGUCUGUCGAACCGCUAUUCAUGAUUUUCGUGGUCAUCAGACCUAUUCUGAGUCGAGGGGUCAUAACUUCACUCUAAAUGCAACAUUUGAAGAUAUUGAAGUGAGCAAAUAUGACGGGUUGGUAAUUCCAGGCGGACGGGCUCCAGAAUAUCUCUCAGUUGAUGAUGCUGUUAUAGAGUUGGUGAAGAAAUUUUCGGACUCUGGAAAACCAAUUGCCUCCAUUUGCCAUGGGCAACUGAUUUUGGCAGGUGCAGGGUCUGUUAAAGGUCGGAAGUGCACAGCAUAUCCUGCUGUGAAACCUGUACUUGUUGCUGCAGGUGCUCAUUGGGUGGAACCAGACACCAUGUCGGCAUGUGUUGUUCAUGAGAAUAUCAUAACUGGGGUUACAUAUGGAAGUCAUCCCGAAUUCAUCCGGCUUUUUGUAAAGGCACUCGGAGGCACCAUAAAAGGUUCUGAGAAACGGAUUCUGUUUCUCUGUGGGGAUUACAUGGAAGAUUAUGAGGUAAUGGUUCCUUUCCAGUCUCUUCAAGCUCUUGGAUGCCAUGUUGAUGCUGUUUGCCCCAAUAAGGCAGCGGGUGAUAAAUGCGUGACGGCAGUCCAUGAUUUUGAAGGUGACCAAACUUACACUGAAAAACCAGGCCAUGAUUUCACGCUAACAGCUAAUUUCGAAGGUAUAGAUGCUUCUAGCUAUGAUGCUCUUGUGAUCCCUGGAGGCCGGGCUCCUGAAUAUCUUGCACUGGAUGGGUCAGUUAUUAAAUUGGUAAAAGAAUUCAUGGAGGCUGAAAAGCCAGUGGCAUCAAUCUGCCAUGGACAACAGAUUUUGGCUGCUGCUGGUGUUCUCAAGGGUAGGAAAUGCACUGCAUACCCGGCUGUUAAGCUCCAGGUAGUCUUAUCUGGGGCAAAUUGGUUAGAACCUGAUCCUAUAGACCGUUGUUUUACUGAUGGGAAUCUAGUGACCGGAGCAGCUUGGCCAGGUCACCCUCAGUUCAUUUCUCAGCUGAUGUCGUUGCUUGGUAUCCGGGUAUCGUUCUAGUAGUUCAUCAUGCUGUUUUGGUUCCCGCUAGUAUGUAUCUGCUGAACAGAAAGGGAAGACACGUUUAUGUGGCUUUCUGUGAGUAAACCUACUAGCCCAUAGGACGGGAGGGGUUUGGCGAGGAGAAAACAGAAAUGUGACUUGUUUUUUUUUUUUGAAUGUCAAAUGAAUAAAAAGUGGUGAGAAAUGGUACAUAUAUACGAGCUUCACUUUGUUUCUCAUCAUUUCUCACCCUCCCAAAAAACAGUGAGAUUAAUUAGGUGAGAGACCUUAAUCUCGUCCUUUCUACCAUUUCUCACCAUCCAAAAGAGGUUUUUGUAAGAGAAACCUAUGGCAUUACAUGUGUUGUAGUGCAUCGUGCUUUCAUAUUAUGUACUACCUUAUCGGUGUCUGGUUUCAUGCA